CUCCUAAGUUUCUGAUUUGUUCUUACUCCUUGGUCCAAUCUAUAGACAUGCAUGCUGAAUGUUGUUAUGUUUUUUUUUCUUCCUCUCUUUAGUUAAGUGAUUUACAUGUAUAGAUUUUAAUAGAUAUACCAUUUGAUUUUAGAAUCACACAACUUGGUCACUCUUCACAUUUCUGCGUUUUGCACUUUUCCUUUGUUUCCUUACCUUCAUAUAUUUGCCCUGUUUGAUUAUUUUCUUCUGAUUGUCAUACUUGCUGUAUAUUUGUUGUUUUCUGUGGCUAGCAUCCAAUGUAAGUAGGACAUUUUGGUAGGUCAAUUAUAACAAGUAAUGUGUUCUGACUUUUCUAGAACCAAAGUAUUAAAAUCAGAGAGUUUUCUAGGUCCACUAGGUGUAAGAACAUUUAAAUUUUUCAAGCACAAACCGAAGCAAAAAAUAAAACUAACAAUAGAAAGUGAUAAGUUAAAGAGGGACGAAGUUAUAAUAUGUGUUGUUUGAGUUCAGUUGAUUUCAGAACAAUAUGAUAGAUAACAAAUCAUUUUCAUGCGUAUUACGUCUUGCAAAUGUACUCUUAUGUAUUCUUAUUUCUUCUUUUUGUGUCCACUACAAAUCUCAAUUUGUAAUUUUGUCAUUCUCAUUAUAGGUUUUUAAAAACUACACUUGCUAAAUUUAAGAAUUCAGUUUUGUAUUAUCUACCUCACUAAAUAUUAUUUUCAUUGAUUUACUUAUUUAUUAACCGACGACAACAUGUAUGCAUUUCGCUUGAGAUCAUCUCAUACCAAUCCAAGGAUCUUCAUGAGACCUCUCCAUCUUGAAAUGACAUAUGUUGUUGUUCCGCGACGAUUUCAUGAAACUGUAGGUGCUGAAAUUAAUGAUGUUGUUCAGCUUCAAGAUCCUGUAGGAAACUCUUUUGAGAUGCCUUACUAUUACAACCAAGGGGAGUACAGAAUUGGGGCUGGUUUAUUUCUGCUGCGUUCAUUUCACCAAAUUCAAACAUCUGUUGCCAUUCAAUUUAUCUAUGAUCGCCAGGCUAGAAUUUUAAUCCACAUUUUUGACGCAUUAGGCCAGGAGAUCCAUUACAACCUUCCUCCUGAAGAUCUACCUCAGUUUAAUCCUAACAUUGAUGCUGUGCAAGAGAAUGAAGUGAUUAAUACAUCAAGUGAUAAUGAGUCCAAUGAAGAAAUUCAACCAGCACCAUGGAUGGAGAUGAUUUGGCAAACUAAUAUAACUGAUGCACACAUACAUGAUAAUCAAACUGUGACUAUUUCAAGCAAUAUACAACAAGUCUUUUUCCCUCAGCUUCCUGCCGUCAUUAAUGUUCGUCUUCCUGAUAACUCCAUCACUCAGUGGCACAUUACAUGGUAUCCUCCACAUAUUUCAAAUGCAAGUUCAUCUUCCAGUGGUGGGAGGCAAGGUGAGAUUGCUGCAGGGUGGUGUGACUUUUAUAGGAAUGAUUUUGUUAGGCUUGGAAAUUCUGUAGAAGUUCAUAAUAUUGAGUUGUGGGAGUCAUCUGAAUCUGAUACCUACAUAGUAUAUGUGUUUACCAUGUAAUUUUAUUAAGGGUUUGAACUUUUUUCCUGAGUUAUGUUUGGUUAAACCUGGAACCAUUAGUUGUUUUUUGGUUUCUUUUAUUAGUACUUUGUUGGAUACUAUGCUAAGUUUGGUGUUUGUUAUGUAUCAUCAGGACUUUGAUAUUUGAAUUCAAGUUUGGACUAUCUUAUGCUUUUUA